UUGCGGACGUUGUCUCCAAUUUUUUGGGGGCAACCCCUAUUGCGCACCUGGUUGAAUGUCGUAGUUAAGUUGGUCUCCCUCGUUUGCAUUUGGUGGAGUUUAGACUGAACUACAGUGAAGGAAACGAUCAAUAGUAUAGAAAACCUCAUCAAUCUCUUAUUUCAAAUCCACACAGUCAAAACUUCAUUAUUUAUUUUCACAACGUUAACAUCUUGGAUUCGCGCCGGUGUAUUGGGCACGAGGUACCAUGGACAAUGCUUUUGACAACCUGGAUGCUGUCGGCUUCCUACAAAUUUGGCAACAUUUCGAUGUUGAUGAUAAUGGUUAUAUUGAAGGAAAGGAAUUGGACGACUUUUUUCGACACAUGAUGAAGAAACUUGGGAUGAGUGAUGAAAUAACAGAUGACAAAAUUAGAAGAGUGAAAGAAAGGUUCAUGUCAGCUUAUGACACCACAGCGGAUGGUCGCCUGCAAAUCCAAGAGUUGGCCACCAUGAUGCUACCGGAGGAGGAGAACUUCCUCCUACUGUUCCGCAGAGAAACACCAUUGGACAACAGUGUAGAGUUCAUGAGGAUCUGGAGAAACUAUGAUGCUGACAGCAGUGGAUACAUAUCAGCUAUAGAGCUCAAGGGUUUCCUGCAGGACCUGUUCCUCCAGCACAAGAAGACCAUCUCCCCCAACAAACUGGAGGAGUACACUGACACCUUGAUGAAGAUGUUUAACAAAAACAAUGAUGGCAGGCUGGAUUUGAAUGACCUAGCCAGAAUCCUUGCUCUGAAAGAGAACUUCUUGCUGAAGUUUGACAUGAAUGCUUGCAGUCAAGAAGACCGGAAGAGGGACUUUGAGAAGAUAUUUGCCCACUAUGAUGUUAGUAAGACGGGUGCUUUGGAGGGUCCGGAGGUGGAUGGCUUUGUCAAAGACAUGAUGGAACUGGUCACGCCUACCAUUAGUGGAACGGACCUGGACAAGUUCCGCAAGGUCCUGCUGGGCCACUGUGACAUGAACGGUGAUGGAAAGAUCCAGAAGAAUGAACUGGCCCUGUGCCUCGGCCUGAAAUACUCCAGUUAAUAGUACUAAUUACCCUAGUUAGCACCACAGGCUAACCACUAACUCAUUGAUAGCAUGCCGCAAUGCAAUAGCUCAUAGCUUUUAGACAACCAAAGAGCAUUGCAUGAUGGUUGGUUGGUUGAAAGGAAGUUGUUGCAUAGAGUAGACCCAUUGGGGCUUUUGGGGAAUUUGUUUUGUGAUCCUUCAUUUUGUUUGACUGUAUCUGUUGAUGACAAUUCUGAGUACCUUUGAGAACGUUGUGUGUGUGAACUAUUUUGUAUGUGUAACGGAUGUGAAAUGGCUAACUAGCUAGCCAUUUCACAACUAGCUAGCCAUUUCACAUCCGUUACAUAUGCACGUUGCAUACGCCUGCCUAUAACUUGCAAAAAUAUAGUGGUGAAAUAAGUAUUUUGGGAUUUAAGUUGUUUUGGGAUAUUUGUGGGUUGUAUUGAUUUAAUUACCAUGAUGGCUGCAUUUACUUGUCAGAACUGUGUUGUUUUUUUAUGUGCAAAAAAUAUGGUGAAAAUAAUUGCCAUUUAAUGGUUUGACAUUUCACCUCCUACUUUAAAUGUUAUUUGUAGAGAAUGUACUAUCAAAGUAAAUAUGUAAUACAAUGUAACAUGUAAUGCAAUACAGUAUGACAACAA